UUAACCGUGACGGCAACUUUAAUGUAGUCUGUCUUAGCUGUGGUUGUGGGUUUUAAAGAGACACUUCUGAACAAUAACUUUACGUAGUAAAGAAGAUGGCUUUACUGUUCUGCGAUGCCUUUUGGGGUACUGACUUUUCUGACCAGUCGGGUUAUGAAGCGAUAUUGCAGAGGUUACAGGAUGGCAGACACGUGUGCAAAGAUGUAGAAGAACUGUUGAAAAUGAGAGCACUAGCGGAGGAGAAGUACGGCCGAGAUCUGGUGGCAAUUGCCCGGAAGGCAGAAGGUCAAACCGAGAUUGGAACAUUAAAGGCAUCGUUUGACAAAUUCAAAGCAGAAAUUGAGAACACAGGAAACCUGCACAUCCAACUAUCUGAAAGGAUAAAGGAGGGAGUUCAGAAAAUACAGGCAUUUCGAGAGCACCAGAGGGAACAGAGGAAAAAGCUUGAAGAGAUUAUUGAAAAACUUCAGAAGCCUAAAAUGCUGUUGCACAAGAAGACCAUGGAGUCUAAAAGGUUAUAUGAGCAGAGGUGUAAAGAGGCAGAAGAGGCUGAGCAAGCAGUGGGGAAGAAGACAAAUGUGGCCACCUCCACCCACCGGCAAUCAGAAAAGGUGAUGAACAGGGCGCGGUUAUGCAGGCAGGCAGCCAACCUGGCAGAAAAGCAAUACAAAUGGAAUGUUGAUCAACUAAAAGAAAUGUGCCAGGACUGGGAGAGCACAUACAGGAGUGCAUGUGAGGUGUUCCAGCAGCAGGAGUCUGAGCGCAUUAAUAUCUUACGCUGUGUGUUAUGGGAUCAUUGCAAUCUGCUGUCCAUGCAGUGUGUCCAGGAUGAUGACUGCUAUGAGGAAGUAAGAAAGAUUUUAGAGCAGUGUGACAUCAUCUCUGACAACAACUGCUUCAUUAAAAUGAAAAAGACGGCCUGUCGUCCUCCUGCUCCCAUUGAGUUUCAGAGUUACUCUGACUUGGACGCUAAUGGAGGAGUCAGGAGGGUUGAACCGAAGAGAUUAUCUGUCAUGCUUCCAGGGAUGUCUUUCAGUGGGUAUCCUGAAGCAGGCAGUAAUUCAGCUGGAUCAUACACAUCUGCUCAACAAACAGGAGGAGGACCUGAGAAGUACAUGGUGUUAUAUGAUUUUAAAGCUCAGGAAGAUGAUGAGCUGUCUAUCAGUAAAGGACAAGUUGUCACAAUCACUGAGAAAGGCGAGGAUGGGUGGUGGAGAGCGUGGAGGGAUGGAAUAUCCGGGCUAGUCCCUGGAACGUACCUGACCAAAAUCUCAGCGCAGAGUCACAGUACAAGUCUUGCUGCUGCUCAUCCUGAUCAUAAUCCCAUCAAAUAGAGUUUAGUAGUCAUUACACUAAACCUGUGGAUUAGUUCAGCAUGCAGAUUGAUGUAGAAUGAUUACAUCAGUGUAGCAAACUAUCAGUACAUCAUACUAUGAAGACAUUAGCUUUCUUGACAGGCAUCUUUAGGAUUUUUAAUGAUCUUUAAGUGAAUAUAAGUUAUUCUAAAGUUGUUUGUGUAAUGGUACUGAUCUCGAUACAGUUUAAUACAGUUUUU